AUGGUGGACCAUUCCCCGGAGCACGUCAUGGGUGGUUUGCUCCUCGGCCUGGGCAUACCUGCCAUUUGCCGGCUGGCCUCCUCGCAAAACGAGGUGGUCAUGGAGCAGGCCUUGCAGGGUUUAGCCUUGACCACCUUUGCUUGCCUUCCUUGGUUGCUCUACUUGCUGAUGCCAGAGCAAGAUGGUCUUCGUACUCUCGCCCUCCAUGCUUGGGCCAAUUGGACGGUGAACACGUUGGUGAUGGCGAUUGCCUCCUCGUUGUGUGCACUGGUCUUCGUGGCGAUGGUGCUCAGCGAGGCUUGCGCUUCGAAGCCGCUGGCCUCGCGUUCCGUUGCAGUGAUGCUGAGCGUGGCGGUGGGGCUACGCUCUGGCUGGAGUGGCUGGCGCUGGCUGGCUUGGCUGUCCUGGUUCGCAUUGAUCGGCACCUUAGGGCAGAGGCACAUCGCCGUGCUACAGAGCUUGCAGAAGAGCGGCAAGCUGGGUGAACUGCCUGUGCAGCGGAUUGCUGUGCGAUCAGCUUGGGAGAUGUUCUACUUGGUCUUGGGUGCCAUGAUUUGGCAGGUGGGCCAGGGGCUCUUCAAAAUGCUCAUCAACGGCGUGAUGCCCCAGGAGCUCCAGUUCUACGCCCCCUGGCUGCCCUUCUUUGAGCUGGGCGAAGACGUGGACGUAGGUGUGGCGGCCUACUACGCGCCCAAGGAGGCCCUGAAGUCCAAAGUGGGUCCGCACCACUUCGUGUGCAGCGUCCGGCACCUGGACCCCUCGCACGCGGAGGGCCAGCGGGAUUUGCAGCUGCAGCAGAACACCGCCCCUCGCCGAUGA